GAUAGGGACUUGCCCCAAGCCUCACUGAACCAGCACUGCAACCUGGUCUCCUUACUGCCAGGUGGGGCCUCUGGGCCCUAUUCCUUGGCUGAUGGGCUAGUGCUAUGAAUGAGGAUGGGGCAGCUUGUCAACCUCCUCCCCCUCUCAACUUCUGGUCUUGGGUCUUGGGAAGAGAGCCAAGACUGGUGUGAAUGAUGCUUUUCUUAUCCUGGAGCAACUUCCUUUCUGGGAACUGGGAGUCUCCUUCUGGGCAAAGACAAUAAAUUUCAUCUAAAGAACUAGAAAAGCAGGGCUCCUCCUACCCCCACCGGAUGGGCAUCACGUGGCUCCUGGUUAGGAUUCCAGGAAAAUUCCAGUCCUUGCACACUUAGCUUCACACACCCAUAUGCUCACCCAGCCUGGCACACUCAGACUCUCUAUCCCACCUUGAACAUUCACCGUCACCCACUCUCUGGCACACUCUUUUUACUCUUAGCUUCUACCACCUCUCCCAGAGCCAUAUUGCAGGCCUUUCCCUCAUCCCAGAGCAGCAGCCCUGCCUUGUCACUCACUGCAAACCCACCAUGUCCCUGGGGCCACCGAAAUUCCAGGCAGUGGAUGAGGAGGAUGAGGAAGAGGAGGAGGAGAGCCUGGACUCUGUGAAGGCACUGACAGCCAAGCUGCAGCUACAGACUCGGCGACCCUCAUAUCUGGAGUGGACCGCUAGGGUCCAGAGCCAGGCCUGGCACAGGGCCCAAGCCAAACCUGGGGCCGGUGGACCUGGAGCCAUCUGCGGCUUUGACUCAAUGGACUCUGCGCUUGAGUGGCUCCGGCAGGAGCUGCGGGAAAUGCAGGCUCAGGACCGCCAGCUGGCAGGGCAGCUGUUGAGGCUGCGGGCCCAGCUGCACCGGCUGAAGGUGGACCAAGCUUGUCACCAGCACCAGGAACUGCUGGACGAGGCCGAGCUGGAGCUGGAGCUGGAGCCCGGGGCCGGCCUGGCCCUAGCCCCGUCGCUAAGGCACUUGGGCCUCACGCGUAUGAACAUCAGCACCCGGCGCUUCACCCUCUGCUGAGGGCGACCUGGGAAGACAGAUGGGAGGGGUAUCCCAGAGGGCCAGCACCUGGUGUGGUGGGGGCACAUUCAGGUCUCUUAGACCCCACCCCAAUCUCCUCAA